UGGCAGCCUGCGGCAACGCACGGGAGCAGAAGGUCCACAGUGUGCUGCAGUGGGUGCCCGGGGUCAGCACGUACUACAACGUGGGCACCAGCAUGUACUACGCCUUCCGGAACUGCACCGAGCUGGCCCAGGACCGGGGCCUCGAGGCCGCCAUGGAUCUGGGCUACGACGCCCUCUUGGGGCUGACGGGCGGGAUGGGGAGCCCCAUGGCCGUGGGGGUGGCCUUGGGGCUGAGGCCAGCAUUCAAAGUGGGCGUGCGGUCUCUGAUCAGCUACUUCCGGCAGGUGGCGCCGGCUGAACCCCUGCCCACGAGCUUCUCUGGCCCCUUCAGGGUAGCCACCUCCUUCCCACUGGGAACGCGGCGAGUGUGAAUAAACCUGAGCACCCCCCGUGCUUUGAUCCCA